CACUGAACACUGAGUAGGCUUCCAACGAAAGACCCAAACAACGAAGGCUGUUAACACUUGUAUGAUGGCCUUGUUAAAAUCAGCUGGAGUAUCCAUCAUCCUGUCUAUACUUCUGUAUAUUGCAGACUCCUACCCAAACAGUGAAGUGGCAAACAUGGGCUGUGAAGAAUGCAAACUAAAGGAGAACAAAAUAUUCUCGUCCACGGGUUCCCCUAUAUAUCAGUGUACAGGCUGCUGCUUCUCACGAUCCUAUCCCACACCGCUACGCUCCAAAAAAACCAUGGUGGUCCCGAAGAACAUCACAUCAGAAGCCACAUGUUGCGUCGCAAAGGACUGGAAACGGGUGACCGUGGACGUCAACAUAAACGUGAGCAAUCACACGGAGUGUUGGUGUAACACGUGUUACUAUCAUAAGUCAUGAGCUGCCCGGAAGGGCUGGAGAUCUCCUUCACGCACUAUAAGCUUGGCAACAGAUGCUAUGUAUUUUGCACAACCGUUUCCAGGAGUUCCUUGUUUUAACUAGAGCAAUCACAUAUUAGGAGACCGUGUGUACCACAAAUGUUUGUAGACUGCUGAGAAUAUUUAUAGUGCUGUUGUUGCAAUUAGCCUAUGAAACGUGUAUUUAUGCA